UUUUCACCCUGGAAUCGAAAUUUAGAUGUCAACGGCGUAACUAAAGAUCAGCAUGGGCCGCAAGUCUGAUCCUGGUCAGAGUCGAGUACUCGACGAAAAUUUCGAGUGUCUGAUGCGUGUGGCUAAUUGCAUUGGCGAGGACUUGGCGAGACCGAAGGAUCGCGAGAUUUGCUUUCAAACCCUUGAGGAUCUGUCCAAAUUCAAUAGAAGUACCUCGAACGUCACCAAGCGUCAUGUGCGCAAAUUUCUCGCUUUCUAUUUGCAGGUGCUGCGCUGGACCCAGGUCCAUCAGCCGCUGGGACUAUACGAGAAAUGGUACAACACACAGUCGAAAUCGGAUAAGGGCAACCAGGAGUCGGACGAAAUGCAUGUCUGGCUAGAGCACGGGGUUUCCUACCUGGCCAUGAAGCACUUUGACGAUGGCUCCACCAUUGUCUACUCAGCAGUCGCCAGGAACCCGGACAACGGCUGGGCAGAAGGCGGACUCAAGACAUUAGUCUCUGGGGGAAACACCGCAGAGACGUCAACUACAGAAGUUAGAUAACUGUAUAUACAUUUAGUUUCGGCACUCUGAAUCUGACUGAUAAAUAUAAAACAAAAAUACAAACCU